AUGCCUAGCGAGGGUUCUUCGAACGUAUCUCUUUCCACUGUUGAGUCAGAACUUUAUUUCCUAAUCUCCCGGUUCCUCGCAUCAGGACCAUGUCAACGGGCUUCAGAGGCAUUGAGACAGGAGCUGACAGAACAUCAGCUUUUACCGAAACGAUUGGAUUGGGAAGGCAGGCAACACGAAAGAAGUUAUGAAAAUUUGGUCAGUCUUAAUCGCCACAUAUCUUCAAGUCAUCUUUUGCAAAUAUGUCAACGUCUGGGUCCUCUCUUGGACAAGGAUAUCAAUUCAUCUGUGACAGGGUUACAGUCCCUUUUAGGAGCUGGACAACAGUCCCUUCUGAGGACCAAAGAAUCGGUGAUCCAUCCACGAUGGCGACCCGAAAGGCAUUUAGCUACUUAUCAUCACAGACCUUUGCUGCCACCUGUAAACCUGGUGGUGCCUUCCCUUAGUCAUGUGACAAAGGCACGAGAGAUGACAGGACAGUCUCGUAGGGACCUUGUCUGUCCUAUCUUCAUUCACUCCAAAGUGUCCAUGCAUGCCAGAAAGCUUGGCCAUCUGUCAGCUGUAUACUGCGUAGCCUUUGACAGGACUGGUCAGUACAUCUUCACGGGGGCUGAUGAUGCUCUCAUUAAGAUCUGGUUUGCAGCCAGUGGACGACUGAUUGAUACACUUAGAGGACACAACUCAGAGAUCACUGACAUUGCUGUGAACUUUGAAAACACACUGCUGGCAUCGGGUAGCUGUGAUAAGAUUAUAAGGGUAUGGUGUUUGAGGACUAAAGCUCCAGUGGCUGUACUGCAGGCCCAUACAGGAAUGAUCACAUCUCUACAGUUCUGCCCUCAGGCCAGGGGAGAGCAUCGCAUUCUCUCCUCCACUGGAGGGGAUGGCUGUGUCUGUUUUUGGACCUGGAAUGUCACUACUAACAAAUUCAACCCCAAACCAGCCAAGUUUAUAGAGCGAUCACGGGCUGGAGCUCAGAUGUUGUGUUCUUCCUUCAGUCCAGGAGGGGUGUUUUUGGCCACUGGAAGUGCUGACCAUGUGAUCAGAGUGUACUUCUUGCAUGUCACAACACCAGAAAAGAUCUGUGAAUUGGAAGCUCAUACAGACCGUGUUGAUAGCAUUUGCUAUAGUAACAGUGGGGAGAGGUUUGUCAGUGGAAGUAGGGAUGGGACAGCUCGGAUCUGGCGUUAUGACAGACAGGAAUGGAAGUCCAUCAUUCUCUCCAUGUCAACAAAACUAUCCAGUUGUGUAAAAUCAGAGACUGAAGACAAAGGACAGAAACCACGGGUGACCAUGGUUGCCUGGAACCUAGACGAUAACUUAGUUGUAACUGCUGUAAAUGACUGCACACUCAAAGUUUGGGAUUCUCAUCAUGGCAAACUUUUGCAUGUCUUGAAAGCUCACGAGGAUGAGGUGUUUGUUUUAGAACACAGUCCUAUGGAUCCACGAAUCUUCCUGAGUGCUGGUCACGAUGGAUAUGUGAUUAUGUGGGACCUGAACACUGGCAACAAAAUCAAGAGUUACUUCAACAUGAUCGAGGGCCAGGGCCAUGGUGCUGUGUUUGACUGUAAGUUCUGUCCUGAUGGAAAUAGCUUCGUUGCAACUGACUCCCAUGGACAUCUGCUUCUUUUUGGAUUUGGUUCAAAUGAAAAAUAUAAACAGAUACCUCAGGAAUUGUUCUUUCACACUGACUACCGUCCAUUGAUGCGUGACAGCAAUAAUUAUGUUUUGGAUGAACAAACACAGCAGCCACCUCACCUCAUGCCCCCACCAUUCCUUGUUGAUAUUGAUGGUAAUCCAUACCCACCAAAAUUCCAGAGACUUGUGCCAGGCAGAGAGCACUGCAAAGAAAACUUACUAGUACCUCAAAUGGCUGUCAAUGAAACAGGGGACCAAGAAGUUGUUGGGGAGCGGGUGUCUGAGGAUAAUGAUGAACAACUGAUGCCCCCUCCUGUAGCUCCAAAUAACCUUGACAGCCUUAUUCAGCAGCUGCAACGUGAACAAGACAAUCGUUUGGCGGCCAGUGGUUCUCCAAGGGUUGCAAGAUCAAAUUCAGCUAGUGGCAGUAAUCACGGUCAUAGAGUGGGUAUGAGGAUGAGUGGAGAAACAGAAGGUGUGCGUCAGUCACUGGGCAACAUCAACCAACAGGCCACCCAGUCGGACCUUGCUGCCUGGAGUAGACGCAUCAUUGUCAAAGAGCUCCACCCAUCACUCCUCUCGAGUUGUGAAGAAGUGAGAAUGGCCCAUGCUGAAAUUGAGGCUAAGAAGUUCUUAGCAGAAAGAAAGAAGAAACCAGUAUAUUUCCAUCAUCAAGGUGAAGUGACCACUCCAGUAACACCACAGAACAAAUCACGACGACGUCCACGGGUCGGUCAACAUUCAGACACUACAUCACCAGAAAAUGAGGAAACGGCUACCAAUAGACUAGCUACACGUGCAUUGUAUGACACAGAGGAGGAGGAGGAUGAGAAUGAUCAGUCAGGGCUGUGGAACAGCAGCAGUGGCAGUGAUUCCAGCGACUACUCAGACUGGGUGGGUGACAAUAACACGACAAGUUUACAGCCACCCAAACGCACAUCUCUACGGCGUCGAAAGCAAAGGCGUCUUACUUCGUCAGAGGAAGAAGAUGAGGACCAAAGUGAUACAAACAACGACAAUGAUGCAACGACGAGUAGACGGCCAAGACCACAGAGAAAAAAACCUGAGCCAAAAGAAAAGAAACCCAACAAAACAACAAGGAGACGACAGCAGAUAGUUAAAAAGAUGGGUGGGGUUGAGGAGCUUCCAGAAGAGUUCCGACCCCCAGAGUGGCUGACAGACACAAAACCAAGGAAAACACCAUAUGUUCCUCAGAUGGGGGAUGAGGUGAUGUAUUUCCGACAAGGACAUGCCCUUUAUCUACAGGCUGUUAAACGCCAUGCUGCCUACAAUGUGAACUCCAAUAAAAACCAGCCCUGGAACAAAUAUCCUCACCUCAGGGAACAAGAAUAUGUAAAGAUAGUUGGGAUAAAGUAUGAAGUCCGUCCUCCCCGCCUCUGCUGUUUGAAGCUGGCCUUCAUUGACCCAGAGACGGGCAAAACUUCUGGGGGGUCAUUUAAUAUAAAGUACCAUGACAUGUCUGAUGUUAUAGAUUUUCUUGUUCUUAAACAAACAUAUGAUGUCGCCAUGAAACGGAGAUGGAAAGCAAAUGACCGUUUCCGUUCUAUGAUUGACGAUGCAUGGUGGAUGGGAACUAUAGUAUCACAGGAACCAUUCCAACAGGAGUACCCGGACAGCAUGUUUCAAUGUUUCAAUGUUCACUGGGACAAUGGUGAGAUCGAGAAGAUCAGUCCAUGGGAUAUGGAACCUAUCGGACAAUGUCAGAUGCCAGAUGAGCAGGGAGGAGGCGUGCCUGUGACCCAGGAUGAGGUGAAGUCCCUGAUGUACACGCCCACCUCAGGUGAAUGGCCGUCAUGUGGGCGGGAUGCAGAAUGUGAACGCAUUAUAAGAUGUAUGGAGGCAGUAAUGGAACACUCUAUAGCGGAACCUUUCCUCACGCCUGUUGACCUUAACGCAUUCCCAAUCUACGCAAUAGUUAUUGAAUAUCCCAUAGAUCUCACCACCAUCAAAUCCAGACUUGAAAACAGAUUUUAUAGGAGAGUCAAUUCUUUACAGUUUGAUGUACGAUAUAUUGAAAACAAUGCCAACACUUUCAACGAACCCGGAACCCCAAUAGUGAAGAGUGCACAGAUCACCACCGAAAUACUCCUUAGAAUCAUCAGUGAUGAGGACUGUACAGAUCCCCAUUCUAUCAUCUCACAGCUGUGUCAGGGUGAGGAAUUUAGCUGGGGAUCGUCAUCCUCUGACAGUGACAGAGAGGAAAAUAGCCAGGCCAGGAAACGCAAACGUGGUGGUGACUCCGACAUUCCACGGAAAAGACAGAAGGUGGAACAGCGACACAAGACCACUAACUCCUGGAAGGAUGAGUGUCUCCAACUACUGGUUACAAUGCUACAUUGUGAGGAUUCCGAACCUUUCAGGGAACCUGUUAAUCUGGAAAGUUAUCCUAAUUACAACAGUAUUAUUGAUGAACCAAUGGACCUAGGAACUGUCAAAGAGAAUUUAGAGAAUGGUGAAUACUCUGACCCAACACAGCUAUGUAAGGACAUCAGGCUGGUCUUCCAUAACUCCAAAGUCUUCAACACCAACAAAAGAUCAAGAAUUUAUACUAUGACAUUACGUCUAUCGGCCAUGUUUGAAGAACAAAUUAAGGACAUUGUGAUUGACUGGAAAUCUGCCAAGAAACGAAUGUCUCGAUCCAGAAGUAUUACAGAAAACUCGCGGUAUACAGAGAGACGGCUGACCAUAAACAGUUUGUCCUCAGAAGACACGCCUAAUACAAGUAGUGCCAGACCAGGUCCUUCAUCGUCGGGACUGAUGGCAACUCGACGGACCCAGCGCUUGCUCAGUUCCUCCACUACUCAAGCUGAUGAUGAUGAGGAAGAAGAAAUUGAGGUGGAUGUUGAUAGUAUUUCUGGCCCAAGUACGCGAUCAUCACAUUCAAACUAUGUUUCUAAACACACACGAAAAUCAGGAGUUAAGAAGGAUGAGCCCAACCAUUAUGACUCUGAGACGGAAGUAGAAAGUGAUACCGAGGAGGAAGAGGAUAUUAAACCAUCAAACUCCCAACGGAAACGUUCUACAAAAACCUCAGCUCCUAAAUCUGCCUCAUCAAAAUUCAGUAUUAAAGGUAAGCAACCUGUGACAUCAAAUGGCCAGCACAAGACACGUGCUGCUACAGGAACAAUCAAACCUAGGCGGUACUGUGUCGAUGGAUCUUUCACAGACGAAGAAAAAAUGUCUUUAAAAACUGCAUCACCUUCACAUUCAUCUUCAUCCUCAUCAUCUUCAACAGAAGUUGACUCAAAUGACAGUAGUAGUUCUUCAAGCUCAUCCUCUGACUCUGAUUCAGACUCGUCAUACAACAGUAUGGACGCUAAGCCUUCAAGACAGACUAGAAGAAGUAAACCUGUGCGACCCUCGGUCAAACCGAGGUUAAAAGCUUCUGAUAACGGAUUUGUGAUAGAUAAAAAUAAGAAGAAAACCAAUCAAAAUUCUAAGGUGAAAAAAACUAGUAAUAAUGCUACCUCAUCUCGGCGAACAAAAGCUUCAGGGACAGUUAAAAGAACGACAAGAAAUCAAGGUCGUCAGACUGUGAGGUAUCAGGAGGACAGUGAUGGUGAACCUGAGGAUUCACGGGGCCUGGAGGGGUCAGGGACAAGCUCUGACUCUGACUACAGUAUAGGACAUGAUAGGCCUGACAUUAGCACUAGUAGUAGGGGGCGUGUCAGGAAACUCACAGCCCGAGCUAGGGCCAGUCUCAUGGGUGAAUAAUGAAGGAGACGUGUGUAUGGGUUUAGUGAUGCCAGUGUGUCAUAAAUUAGUGUUGCUGCCAAUGUUCAUUUCUUGCUACAAGAUUAUAACACAGGAAAGGAAUGCUGAUAAAAUUUAUGUAAAAACUUUCAGUUGAAUAGAGUAUCAUUUUAAAAUUGAAUGAAUCAUAACAAAAAAAUUAC